UUGCGAACUACGGGCUCCUCCGAGUUCCGAACUCUAUCGCGUGCGGACCGACACGCGGAGUCCACAGGGCGACGAGAGAUGCGAGCAGGCGCCGCCGCCACCGGCGAUGCGGGUCCCAGCUCCCGCGCCGGCGCCGGGGGCGGUGCGCCGGCGCGGCCACGGAGGUUCCCCGGGGCGGCGCAGCCGGAGAUCAUGCGGGCGGCGGAGAAGGACGACGGCUACGCCGCCCACGUCACCGAGGCCUGCCGCGACGCCUUCCGCCACCUCUUCGGUACCAGGGUUGCUGUUGCUUACCAGAGCGAGAUAAAACUGCUUGGGCAGUCCCUUUAUUACCUGCUAACAACUGGUUCAGGCCAGCAAACACUUGGAGAAGAAUACUGUGAUAUAUCUCAGAUUGCAACCUCACAUGGACUGCCACCUACGCCUGCCAAGCGGAUCCUGUUCAUCUUGUACCAAACUACUGUGCCAUAUCUUGCUGAACGAAUCAGCUCCAGAAUUGUUGCCCGUGGUAUUGCCGUCAAUGAAUCUCAGUUUGACGAUCAUCCUGAAAGUGAUAAUUCUAGUAGUGGCACUACACAAUCCGCCACUAAUAGGGAUAUUCCUUCAAGAAGCUUAAGUUUUUCUUCUUUGUCAAGGUUGAUAGGCCGAGUUCAUGCCUUGUGGCUAUGGGUUCUUCAGAAAUGGCCCACGAUGCUGCCGUUUGCUCAUGAUUUUAUACAGUUGGCUAUCCGGACAAACUUGAUGUUCUUCUAUUUUGAAGGAUUGUAUUAUCAUUUGCCAAAGCGAGCAGCUGGUAUUCGUUAUGUAUUCAUUGGGAAGCCAAUGAAUCAGAGGCCCAGGUAUCAGAUAUUGGGUAUUUUUCUAUUAGUUCAGUUGUGUAUUCUUGGUGCUGAAAGACUCCGAAGAAGUAAUUUAUCAUCGAUAGCUAGUUCCAUUAACCAAAUAUCAUCUGGAAGCUAUCCUUCAUCUAGAGGUCAAGGUGUCCCUGUUCUAAAUGAAGAUGGAAAUAUCAUCAGUGACACCCGCCAUGGUAAAGCUGCAGAUAUGACUUCUAGUUCUGAGGCUUCCAGUGGCAAGAGCAAGUGCACCCUCUGUCUCAGUACCCGUCAAAAUCCUACUGCCACUACCUGUGGACAUGUCUUCUGCUGGAAUUGCAUAAUGGAGUGGUGCAAUGAGAAGCCUGAGUGCCCGCUAUGCAGAACUCCAAUUACUCAUUCGAGUUUGAUUUGUAUAUAUCAUUCAGAUUUCUAGCAAGUCAUUUCACACUGCAGCAAGGAUCUUAUUAUUCUUGGCUGGCAUUAAAAUGAUUAUUCUGGACUAUGGGUAAGAAAUAUGCUCGCUGAAAUGGUCUAGUAUACCGAAAGAGGAAGAGGAGCAUGCGACCAUUGCAACAUGUUGAAGAUGAGACAAAGUUGCUAUGGUAAAUUGCUGUAGAGUUGAAAUGCCAAAGAGCACUAGGAACUGAGUAUAAAUUAUUUAUUUGUAGUGCGAACAGAUACCUUGUAUAUAUGUAAGUUUUGGACACCAGUGUGAAUUUUGUAGGGUCUACAAAGACUGAUUCGAUUUUCUAGACACUGUAUCAACUUAAUUUUUUUGCCCGAUCUGUUCCGUCCUGGCUCGUGUUUGGAGGGCGUGACUGGCAUGUUCAGCCUUGUGAAUUUUUCUCCA